CGCUGCUUCACCCUUGGGUUUCCACAGGUUGCGCACACCCAUGCGUCGCCUCCACCGUGAUACUUGUGCGGGUGACACUCACUUAGCCUUUCCCCUUGUUGCGAAAACGCUGGCGGAUCUGUGGCUGCGCUAAGGUCACAUACCCGCGGGUUCUGGAUACAUUCAUAUAAUCGGCCCUGCCACUUGCAUCUGCUCCCAACCAGCAAUUUCUUCCAGCAUAUCACGAGGACAUCGCUACACCACAAGCAUACCACGAUGAUGCAGUCGACUUUUGGCUUGCCCAUGGCAGAUCGGCCACCCGUUUCAUAUCCCGCUGUCUCGACACCGGACCAGACACUUCAGUAUAUUCCCUACAUGGAGACUGUCUCUCGACUGCCCCGGGCCUCAAGUGUCCAACGACCUACCGGAGCUAUGCGUGUGGUGAAACCAAGCAGCACAAGUAGUAGCCCUCAGGCGAGAGCGGCUCGCAGGAGAACUAUGAUGGCGGACACCAAUAUCGCUCGUCGGAGGGGCCAGCCACUUGAUCACAACACCAUUCAUCAGCAUUUCCAGCACUCUCCAUACGUCUCAGCCAGUGUAGAGGAACCCAUAAAACGAACAAGCAGACCACUCAGCUGGCACCCUGGCUCCAGUUCACAAGCACAACAGCAGCAGCAAUAUACUGCCAAGCUUCAGCAACAACUCGAGCAGCAGCAGCAUUUAUUACACCAGAAUGGGCUAUACCAAAACACCUAUACACAAAGGCAGACUGGCUCAACAUACACUGUGCCUUCGACCUCGGGGUACCUGGAAGAGGACCACUACACGCGCUUCCAGAACAUGCCCCCAACACCUAUACAAUUUUCAGCUCAAAACUCGCCAAUAUCAGGUUACAUACCGUCGGAUUUUACCUCCAUCAAUCCUGCGGAAGGAAACGGGAGCCCUUCACACUACUUUGCUCCCGCGAUAUGGAGCCAAACGCAGCCCUAUACAGAUGCCACAGGCUAUGAAGCCAGCCCCGAGGCGCUGGAGUCCUUUCCUCCUUUGCCUGUCACCUCGACUUCGACGUGGGAUCAGCCCUCGCAGCCAGAGAGGUUUUAUGGUGGAAUUACACCUCCCACCCCCCAGGACACCCAGUCUUCUCAGCAUCACGAGGCCGUUGCUGUCACGCCAGAAGAGUCAAUACCAUAUGAGCCCCUCCAGGCUUCCGAAGACGAGGGAGAGAUACUUGUCGGCAUGGGACUGUACGAAGACCCGGAAAAGACGGAAGAUGACCCAUGGCUGGACAACUACCGGAUAACAACAUCUGAGCUCCUUGGCACAACAUACCGUCGAGUAGGCCAAGGCUUGAAGCUAGAGGAGUCGUGGGAGCCCCCUGCUUCUGACGAUGAGAACGAUGGCGAUGACAGCAGCAGCGACAGAGACGCAGACGGAGAGGAGCAGGACACUGCCGCCAGCCCCGAGGAGACACAGACUUGGAUUUAGAUGACGGGUUCAGGCUGGUCUCCAUGAGAAGAACCUUCGCUGUGCCUGGCUUGGGCAUCCAAUGUACAAGACAUGAUAUGAAAAGACGUUUACAUGAUACCCCCCAAAAGCGAGGACGCAGGAACGUCACCAUUGCAUAUAUUGAUAGCGCUGUUUCCUGCAAGACCUCACCGAGGGCAAAGAGCAAAAUAGAUCCCCGAAUACGAAUCAUAAUAUCUCAAUCUGACUGGUUACAAGAACACGU